ACGGCGCUGCACAGGCCAUGUUGAAUCCGCGCGACGCAAUGGCCGCCCUCCUAUAUCAGCCCUCCUCCCGCGCCCUCGCCGCCUUCCUCCUUCCCUCUCGCCCCCAUGCAGACUGACCGCGACGCCGUCUCCAUCUCUCGCGCGAGGUCCGUCUCGCGCGCCAGCAAACACGGCUCGACCGUUUCGCGCUCCCAGUCGCUCAUCAAGAAGAGCAUCGCCCCGCACGACCUACGUCCGUCCGACAUCCUCAUCGAGCGGUUCACCGCAUGGAAGAUCAUCGUCAAGCAGCUCAUCGCGUACUUUGAAGGCAUCGCGGACAUCCAGAACAAUGUCGCACGCGAGAUGACCAAGCUGGCUGGCGUGAUACAGGUCCCGUUCCGCUCGGGCAACCAGUUCUUGGGAGAGGGCGGCCUUCAGGACAUCUACUACGGCAUACGCGACAGGACACGCGCGAUUGCUGAUGAAUACGCCAACCUUGGGCGGACUGUCGACGGUUCCAUAGUGCAGCAUCUGCAGAAGCUCCGCGCGGAGAUCAAGGCGCAUAUCAAGAAUAUUCAGAACGACACGGGCAAGCUCGCCACAGCGGUCGCCAAAGAGCGCGAGCUUUCCGCCAAGCUAGUCGGCGACCUUGGGACAAACAUUUCGGUACUCAAGAACACGCCGCUCAGCGUGACUUCGAAGUCAGACCCGUACGUAGCUAAUCAAGCCGUCGCACGGCAGCUCGUGAAGCAGGUCCACACCGAGAACGCCCUCCAGAAGUCCCUGCUUCUCACGCAGGCGUCCUCGGCUGUAUUCGAGGCUUCCUUGAUUCAGGCCUUGCAGUCGGCGUGGUCGACGUAUGCUGAAUGGCGGACACGCAUGGAUGCGAACAUCCGAGAGACGUGGAAUGCCAUGGAACGCGACAUGUCCGGUCUGCCUCCCGACAGGGAGUGGAUUGCCUUCGCUGCCAGGGAGGACCACCUGGUUGACCCCGAGACGCCUUUGCGCGACCCCCAGCACAUCAUCUACCCAUCCAAAGAAGACCCGUCGGUCAUUCCCGUGCACACGGGGCUUCUCGAACGGAAGAAGCGCUACACGCGGGCGUAUCGCGAGGCGUACUACGUGCUCACGCCCGCUGGAUUCCUGCACGAGUACGCGUCGUCCGAUCCCGCGCUGGCAGACAGGCCGGCAUGGAGUUUGUUCUUGCCUUUGUGUACCCUUGGGCCGCCAUCAGCUCCCAGCGCGAAGAGCCACAAGUUCCACAUCGAAGAGCGCAAGGACGGCAGCGGCUCGGUCAAGACAGGCUCCUUCCGAGGACUCAGCCGGUCGCUCACUGGGCGCGGUAAUAGCAGCGGUCGCGCAUGGGCCUUCCGAGGCCGCUCGCACGACGACAUGAUGGAGUGGUGGAACGAUAUACGGAUGCUCUGUGCGCGGUAUCUGGUCGCGAGCGAGCAGAUGGAACGCAGUGGGCCGGUCGCGGCGGCUGUUCGUGCUGCGGGCUAUACGAGCGAGGACGAAGAGGAUGACGAAGAGGGCUCCAGUGUGGAGGAGGAGCAGGACGUUGAGGACGACGAGGUAUAUGAGCAGGCGAGAGACAUAGGCGAGGGGGAGGAUGACGCAGGCCCACCGGAGUAUACGCAUGAAGGAUACACCACCGACUUUGGUCCCAACGGAUACCCCGUGGACAAGAAGUCUCAUGCAGAUGAUCACGCAAGUGGAGGAGCCAAUGUGUCGAGGCGACCCAGCAAGCGACAGCAGGAGAAGGCUCCCGAGGGCAAGCCACCCCACGUUGCAUCCGGCGAUGAAGCUCCUGAAGCCGCGGCUGCAAAUGAGGUGCCCUCCGGAGCAGGACCCGCACCAACUGAAUCCCGCUUUACAGAAGGGUUGUAGUGGUGAUAUGGCUGUCUAGACCAGUUUUAGGCUAUGCAUAUAUGGUGCCUACCCAUUGUCUAUGAUAAGCCAUAGGAGUCCAUACUAGCAUAGAGGGCAGACUCUGUUGUGUUCUGAUGUGUUCACAUGGACUGGAUUACCAUUGGGGAUGAAAGUUGUUCAUUGUCAGGAAGUAUUCUAAACAGUUAUUGUGUUAGAAU